UUAAGCAUUUCAGCUGGUAGAAAAGGCCGUACGAUCCAUCGUUGCAGAGAGAGAGAGAGAGAGGAUCUGCCAUUGCCAUAAACCCAAACCCAACAGAAGAGGAAAACGAAAAAGAAGAAGGAGAAGCCAUACUCAAUUAUGGAUAAUAGAAAUGUCGUCGUCUGCGAUAAUGGCACCGGGUAUGUGAAAUGUGGCUUUGCUGGUGAGAACUUUCCCACUUCAGUGUUUCCUUGUGUGGUGGGAAGGCCUAUGCUUCGGUAUGAAGAGUCACUUGUUGAACAGGAGCUCAAGGAUAUUGUUGUUGGAGAAGCUUGCGCUGAACUUAGGCAUCAGCUGGAUAUAUCUUACCCUGUUAACAAUGGCAUUGUGCAAAACUGGGAUGACAUGGUUCAUGUUUGGGAUCAUGCUUUCUAUAAUGAACUAAAAAUAGAUCCAACUGAAUGUAAGAUUCUACUGACAGACCCACCGUUGAAUCCUUCUAAAAACCGCGAGAAAAUGGUUGAGACCAUGUUUGAGAAAUACAAUUUUGCUGGUGUCUUCAUUCAAAUCCAAGCUGUUUUGACACUGUAUGCUCAAGGUUUGUUGACUGGACUAGUGAUUGACUCUGGUGAUGGUGUAACUCAUGUGGUUCCUGUUGUUGAUGGCUACUCAUUUCCUCAUCUUACAAAGCGAAUGAAUGUAGCAGGCCGGCACAUAACCUCAUAUCUUGUCGAUUUACUGUCUCGGAGAGGGUAUGCAAUGAAUAGGACUGCGGACUUUGAGACUGUUCGAGAAAUCAAAGAGAAGCUCUGCUACAUAAGUUAUGAUUACAAGAGGGAGUAUCAAUUGGGACUUGAGACCACCAUUCUCGUAAAGGAUUACACUCUACCAGAUGGAAGGGUCAUUAAAGUUGGCACAGAACGCUUCCAGGCUCCCGAGGCUCUUUUCACCCCUGAAUUGAUUGACGUUGAAGGUGAUGGAAUGGCUGACAUGGUAUUUCGUUGCAUUCAAGAAAUGGAUAUAGACAACCGAAUGAUGCUUUACCAGCAUAUUGUUUUAAGUGGAGGAAGCACAAUGUAUCCUGGAUUACCUAGUCGUUUGGAAAAAGAAAUUCUGGAUCGUUAUCUUGAAGUUGUUUUGAAGGGUAACAGAGAUGGUUUGAAGAAACUACGAUUACGCAUUGAAGAUCCACCACGAAGAAAGCACAUGGUGUAUUUAGGUGGUGCAGUUCUUGCAGGAAUUAUGAAGGAUGCACCUGAGUUUUGGAUUAGCAGGGAAGAUUAUCAGGAAGAAGGAGUUGCUUGUCUGAGCAAGUGUGGCCAGGCAUGACUGUACUUUUUGAGGUCAGUUGUCACCCACUUACUGUAUCAAUACUUGGAAGAGAACCAGUUCAAGCAUAAGCAUUGGAAGCCAGUAUCCUGAUAACUCUUUUAAACUACCACGAAUACAUCCUUGUGCUUCUGUUUGUUCAUGAGCCAAAUUGAAAGAAUUUGACAGGUUGAUAAAGAAUCAACAGAAGUAUAAUCGAGUAAAUGAACAAUAUGGUAGUAAUAGUAUAGAUUAUUCUAUGUAUCAUUGACAUUAUAGUAGUCAUAUAUUAAGGUAUUCAUUUUUAGUUUGAUUGCAACUGGCUUUGUUUGGAUACAUGAAUUGUGUUUGUGAAUACACGAAGACAAAAGGUGACAUUCAUUUGGAAAAAAGAUAUAUUAUAAAUAAAUUGUGGUGAUGAUUGUAUUCUAA